ACGGACACACACACACACACAUCCGUACAGAUCACACAGACAGACAACCAGCUGUUUCAAAUAGUUAAGGAUUCAUCUCAUAAGGAAACUGUGCGGCUUCCUGCAGAACAGGAUCGUGCAAAAAAGCAAUCUUUGGAAAUAUUUACAGUCAAUGAAAGAUGAAGAUUAUGUACAACUCAAGUUUAGCAAUCUAGCACAAGAUUACUGAAGAGUACUUCUAGAUGGAUCCACUGAUGCAGUCCGAUUAUACUACCUUGUGCCUCAUUCAUGGUAUAGAUGCUCCGUGUCCAAACUUUGAAGAAGAAAAUGGCAUAGUGGCCAAAGCUGUGAGGACCUGCUAUCGACAUAUUGAUAUAAAUAUAACACAAACUACUGAAAAACCAAUCACUUCUUCGUGGUUCUCUGCAAUUUUUUGCUUGACUGGCUUAAUCUCUAAUCUCUUUGCCUUGUGGGUAUUGGUCAGUGCAUCGAGGAGGACUCACAGUCGUUCACGAUCCUCUUUUCUCAUUUUCCUUUGUGGUUUAGUGGUUACGGACCUUAUGGGACUUCUGGUCACUGGAACCAUUGUAAUGUCAUAUCAUAUUACACGGUUCAAUUGGGAAACGUUUGACAAGGACUGCCAUCUCUGUAAUUUUUUUGGACUAUCCAUGGUCUUUUUCGGGCAGUGCCCCCUUCUUCUUGGUGCUUCGAUGGCUGCAGAACGCUUCGUUGGUAUAAAUAAGCCAUUUUCACGGUCGGCUAAUGUGUCCAAAAAGAGAGCAGGUGGCAUCGUCGUUAUGGUAUGGUGCUUUGCUUUCUUUUUAGCCUUGCUUCCAAUUAUGGGCCUCGGGAAAUAUACGCUACAAUUUCCAAAAUCCUGGUGUUUCCUGACGUUGCUGCAAGAUUCAAAUAACAAAGCAUUUGGCUUGAUUUUUUCCUUGACUGGUAUACUCUCUGUGUGUCUCUCCUUUGUACUAAACACUAUCAGUGUGAUAACACUCUGCAGGGUUUAUCAUGACCGUGAGUCUGUUCAACGGAGAAGGGACAGUGAGGUGGAGAUGAUGGUCCAGCUGGUUGGGAUCAUGAUAAUUGCCAGUGUUUGUUGGCUGCCAUUACUGAUUUUCAUAGUACAUACAGUUCUGCAACAGCCCGUUGAAGGAUUGAAGGAUGGAGAAAUCUCAAGGGAAACAGAGAAAUUUCUUCUAAUUUAUAUCCGAUUAGUCACAUGGAAUCAAAUCCUGGAUCCGUGGGUUUAUAUCCUCUUUCGGAGAGCAGUGUUAAAAAGAGUUUACCCUAGUCUGACCACUCGGCCAUCAAUUGUGUCCUUGUAUCCCACUCUCACUGCCUCCUUUCGACGAAAAUUCACUCAAGAAUCCGUGAUUAGCUAAAAAAAAUUCUGUGGUUACUUGGGAGAAAAACUGACUAACAGUCUGGAAAGAAAUUACCUAUAUGCAUGUGCAAUGCUUUUUGGCCGUCGUUAUUAUUAGUAAAAUUAUUUAAUAGACUAUUCAAAGAUAUUCAAUUUCCAAUUGCUUUAA